AUGACCGAACUUACAAACGAACCCGUCAAAAAGGAUCCAGAAGACCCAGAAGAAGCAGAUGUUUCCCCUUUCACGCCUUUCCAGAUGAUGGAAAGUCUGCUUGAAAAACUAAAGUCUUUAGACUACGAACAGCAGUACUGUCGUCGAAUGCGUCUCAAGGGCUUCUCCAAGGUUUAUUUUGCGGUCCCCACAAACCCCGGAGAACAGUUUAACAGUUUUGUAUCCCUUGCCGCUUGGCUGAUCGACCAGAGUGGUGGUUCUAUGGAACAGCCGCAGGAGUACGACGACCCCAACGCCACCAUUGCCAAUGUCCUUGAGUUGCUUCGAGGUCUCGGUUACUCCACCGAGUUUCCUCCAUCAAAGCUGAAGUCUGGUUGCGGCGGACCCUGUAUCCGCGUACUCGACCUUCUAGCGAGUGCUGCUGUCAAAAAUAAGAAGCUGCGCUUUGAGCUCCCACAGUUCUCCCAAGACGAAGCAGACGAUCCAGGUGUUGAGGAAUGCACGCACUCGGACGACGACGAUGACCUGGUGGAAUGGACCAGCAAGCGUUCUCGCCAGCGGUCUCAUAACAAUCGUGCGGGCGGCUUCAUCUGUGAUUCUGAAACAGAUGCCGAAGUGAUCGAUGACGAUGAGGCCGUCCUCGACCUUGAAGGUCAGUCAGUCUAUCAGCCGAAUGUCAUCUACGAUUAUCCCACGUCUUUUGGGAUGUCUGUGCUUACUAUGAUUGCUUUUACUCGCUUUCCAGGUAGCCAUCAACAGAAAACAGUGUUCACUACGUCUGCUCAGACUACUGAAACCACCGACGACUCUCUUGUGGAUCCCCAUGGACUCUUUGGUAGUCUUUUGACACAUGCACAGCUCGGAGGUCAUUAUGGGGCUAGUGAAAUGGCAAACAUCUUGGAACCUGCCAUAGAUCGUGGUGACUGGCAACUUGAGGUGGAGCGAGUGCUCCCGCAGUUGCGGGUGGCCAUCAGGACGGAAGCUAAGGAUUGGCGAAGUCACCUGGAGCAGAUGACGCGCCAUAAAACGGAGAUUGAGGCCUGCUUUAGUGAGUCAAAGGGUUAUCUCCAGCGUCUGCAUGAAGAUCUUUCGAGGAGUCUUGACAAGAUCGGUAGUCGGGAGAAAUACAUUAACAGUCAAGUGGACCAACUCCUGACCGAAUACAGGUGUGCGCAAGUGAGUUCCUUGUCGGAUUUUUCCUGA